CUCAGGCUGCGGGUCGGUGCUCCGUUACUCUCCGUUACUGUCGGUGUCUGUCGGUGAUUUAAAGGCGGUCUGCAGGGACACAUUCAUGGAGGAAACGUGAAGUCUUCCCGGGAGAAACCGGAGAAGAACCGGAGAGGAACAGGAGAGGGGGAGAACUUUUCGCGCGGUGUGUGUCCUCAGGUGUGUGUGAUGGAGCACAGUGACUAUGUGUCUCAGCUGAAGCUGGAGUUCGACAGCUGUGACUCAACCAGCUCCGGCUUCCUGGACCGAGACGAUCUGACGGAGCUCUGCAGGAAACUGAGGCUAGACACACACCUGCCACUGCUGCUGCACACACUGCUGGGGGAGCGGCCCUAUGCCAGGGUGAACUUUGAGGAGUUUAAGGAAGGAUUUGUGGCCGUUCUGUCUCGCUCUCUGGACUUCAGCACCUCAGAGGAGGACAGCAGCUACCUGCAGCCAGUGGUCCCGGAGGAGGUGAAGCCCAAGCUGGUGAAGGGUUCGAAGCGCUACGGCCGCCGCUCCCGUCCCGACAGCAGCUUCAGCGCCGAGCCGAGCCAAGAGGAGUCUCCGCCGUCCGGACCCGAGGAGGAGGACUCGGCCCUGGGGGUCCGGAGAGCCAAGCUGAGGCGCUCCACGUCUCUGGAGAGUGUGGAGAGCCUGAAGUCUGAUGAGGAGGCAGGAAGUCAGAAGGAGAACGACCUCGCAGACUUUCAGUCUAAAGGCGUUCAGCAGGAGGAGGUGGAGCCUGGAGGAGGAGGAGGAGGAGCCAACUCAGCGGAAGUGGACGUGCUGCUCCGGAAGUUGGACGGCGACCUGGACGUCAGAGACUUCCAGAAGGUCCUGCGGGGCUCCGCCCACUUCGCCUGCUCCACCCCCCUACGAUCAGCUGACCUGCAGAGGACGCCAUACGGGAGGCUGUGCUGCAGCUGCCUGUCAUCAGUGUCGGCAGCUGUGAGGAGAGAGAGACAGGCAGGCAGGCAGACAGACACACAGACAGGCAGACAGACAGACAGCAUCAUGUACUGCACCUCGGGGCUGAUCUCAGGCUGUGGCCUGCUGACCUGGGUGAGGACAGACAGGAAGACGGCCUUCACCAGAACCUCCUGCUACACACAGGCGGCCGCGGCGCUGGAGGAGCGCUCGGCCCGCUCCACCUCCCCCUCCCUGCUGACGGCCACCGUGGGGCAGCGGGUGCUCAGCCGGCUGGACGAGGGCUCGGGAUGCACCGGCCCGGAGAAGGUGGUCAACCUCUGGACCGAGGAGGGCAUCAGGAACAGCCGAGACAUCCUGCAGACCCUGGACUUCUCCCUGGAGGAGCGCCUCUCUCUAGCGGACCUGACUCUGGCUCUGGACAACGAGCUGCUGGUCAGCGGGAACGGGAUCCACCAGGCGGCGCUCAUCUCCUACAAGAACGAGAUCCAGCACCUGCAGGUGCAGGUGGAGCAGGCCUGCAGGCAGAGGGAUAAGGUGAAGGCUGACCUGGACCAGGCGGAGCACAGGAACCUGCAGCUGGUGAGGGAGGUGGACGACCGGCACGCCUGCAUGGAGACCCUCAACCACAGCCGCAUCAGGGAGCUGCAGCAGGACUUCCGGGAGCGCGUGCAGUGUGUGCGCAGCGAGGCGGAGCAGGAGAGCGAGGCGCUGCUGGAGCAGGGCGAGCAGGAGAGGGCAGCAUUGCAGGAGGAGCUGCAGCUGUUGCGGGUGCAGGAGCUGCAGCUGCAGGAGGAGCUGUGCAGCACCGUGCAGGAGAGCCGUCGUCUGGAGGAGGAUCUGAGAACAGUGAAGCUGAAGCUGAGUGAAGCAGAGAGCUCAGUGAACAAGCUGCAGAGAGACCUGGACCAGCUGCUGCAGCUCAAGUUUGGCAGUUUGGACCCAGCAGCUGCUGGUCUGAGCCACGAGGAGAGGGUCUGUGAGAUUGCCAAAGACUACGAGCUGCAGUGCCGGGAGCUGCGGGACAGGAAUGAUGAGCUGAGCUCAGAGGUGGAGCUGCUGAAGAAUCAGAGGAGCGAGAGGAGGAGCCGACGCUCAGCAGGAGACGCUCCCAGCUGGACACAACAGCACAAUAGCGAGUCAGACUCUGACGAGUCGGACAUGAAGCGCAGUGCGUCUCCUCCGACCAGGAAGAAGCUGCAGCCUUCAGAUAAAACAGCUCUGUGCUCUCUGGAGGAGCUCUCUGGUCCGGCGCUCAGUAUUCAGACGGAGCUGGCUGUGGAGCAGCUGAAGCAGAAACACAAUGAGGAGGUGCAGCAGCUGCACAUCCAGCUGGAGACACAGGUGAACUACUAUGAGCGCAAUCUGGAGGUGAUGAGGCAGAGCAUGGAGGUGGAGCGUAAAGACAUCUCUCAGGCCUUCAAGAUGGAGAUCAGCGAGAUGGAGGAGCAGAAGGCUCAGGUGGAGCAGCAGGUGAAGGAGCUGAAGGAGGCGCUGGAGAAACGAGGAGGAGGAGGAGGAGGGUUGAGCCACGAACAGGAGCGCAAGAUGCAGCGGGAGCACGCGGAGCUGGAGCAGAACUUUGCCCGGGAGAUCGGGAACCUGGUGCAGAGGCUGAGCGACGAGAAGGACCAGCUGGAGGCCGAGCUGAAGCUACAGAUGGACCGCGAGCUGAUGCUGGUCAGGGAGGAGGAGACGCAGCGAUCUCACAUGCAGCUGCAGCACAACGAGGAGCAGAGAGCAUUCUGGGAGAACCGGCUCGACCAAUCAGAGCAGGAGAAGAAGAGGCUGGAGGAGCAGCUGGACCAAUCAGAGCAGGAGAAGAAGAGGCCGGAGGAGCAGCUGGACCAAUCAGAACAGGAGAACAAGAGGCUGGAGGAGCAGCUCGACCAAUCAGAACAGGAGAACAAGAGGCUGGAGGAGCAGCUCGACCAAUCAGAACAGGAGAAGAAGAGGCUGGAGGAGCAGCUCGACCAAUCAGAACAGGAGAACAAGAGGCUGGAGGAGCAGCUGGACCAAUCAGAACAGGAGAACAAGAGGCUGGAGGAGCAGCUCGACCAAUCAGAACAGGAGAAGAAGAGGCUGGAGGAGCAGCUCACUAUUUUACAGGAAGCUGUGCACAACUCACAUCUGCUCCUCAGCCAAUCAGAGGCCAACACACAGGAGGUCAGAAAGAGGUGUGAGGAGUUAGAGGAGCAUCUUAAAGCUUCUAGAAGGAGGUGUGAGGAGUUAGAGGAGCAUCUUAAAGCUUCUAGAAGGAGGUGUGAAGAGUUAGAGGGGGAUCAGAGGAGGUGUGAAGAGUUAGAGGGGGAUCAGAGGAGGUGUGAAGAGUUAGAGCAGCGGUUGAAGGAGGCAUGCUGUCAGCUGGAGGAGAGCAUCGUCUUCCUGGAGUCUCAGGAGCUCCUUAACAAACGCCUGGAGGAGGAGGUGCUGCAGUCGGGGAGCAGGGAGGAGCAGCUCCGGGUGCAGCUGGAGAACCUGCAGGAAUACGCCUCCUCGCUGGCAGAGGAGAGCGACUCCCUGAGGAGGGACUGUGCCCGGCUGAUCCAGGACCUAAAGGAGCAGGCCAUGGCUGUGGAGCACCUGCAGGAGGAGCUGGACGAGAGGAGGAGCGGGGAGGAGGUGCUGCAGGAGGAGGUGCGCCGCCUGAACCAGGAGAACAGGAGCUACUCCCGCCUCGCUGACCAGCUGUCGGAGCAGAUCGUCGAAAUGGAGGAGGAGAUCUGCAGGAGCAGCGAGGAGGAGGAGCAGAAGAAGAAGUUGUUUGAGGAGGAGAAGAGGAGGAGGCUGCAGGAGUUUGAGGAGGAGAAGAAGAGGAUGCAGCAGGAGUUUGAGGAGCAGAAGAAGAAGAUGUUUGAGGAGGAGAAGAAGAGGAAGCUGCAGGAGUUUGAGGAGGAGAAGAAGAAGAUGUUUGAGGAGGAGAAGAAGAGGAAGCUGCAGGAGUUUGAGGAGGAGAAAAAGAUGAUGUUUAAGGAGAAGAUGAGGAGAACGCCGCAGGAGACUGAGGAGGAGAAGAAGAGGAUGCAGCAGGAGUUUGAGGAGCAGAAGAAGAAGAUGUUUGAGGAGGAGAAGAAGAGGAAGCUGCAGGAGUUUGAGGAGGAGAAGAAGAAGAUGUUUGAGGAGGAGAAGAAGAGGAUGCAGCAGGAGUUUGAGGAGCAGAAAAAGAAGAUGUUUGAGGUGGAGAAGAGGAGGCUGCAGGAGUUUGAGGAGGAGAAAAAGAUGAUGUUUAAGGAGAAGAUGAGGAGAACGCUGCAGGAGACUGAGGAGGAGAAAAGGAGGAUGUGGCUGAAAUUUGAGGAGGAGCAGAAGAGCCUGCAGCAGGAGUUUGAGGAGGAGAAGAAGAGGCUGCAACAGGAGUUUGGGGAGGAGAAGAAGAGGCUGCAGCAGGAGUUUGAGGAGGAGAAGAGGAGGCUGCAGCAGGAGUUUGAGGAGGAGAAGAGGAGGCUGCAGCAGGAGUUUGAGGAGGAGAAGAGGAGGAGGCAGCAGCAGCUGGAGGAGAUGGAGGCGCUGGUUCUGGCUCUGGAGGUGGUGAUGGACUCCUCCUCUCCUCACAGGAUUCAGCUGGAGGAGGAGCGCUCGGAGAAGGCAGCUCUGCAGGAGCGUCUGAGCGUGCUGCAGCAGGAGGUGCAGAGCCUGGAGGAUGACGUCUCCAAGAGGAGGAGGAAGCUGGAGGAGAUGGAGAUGGAGCACAGGAGGAGCAGAGAGGAAGAGGAGCGGCUGCACAAAGAGAACUCUGGGUACCGUGAGGAGGUUCUGGUUCUGAGCAGCAGGAACCUGCAGCUCAGCAACGACAACGCGGAGCUGAGCACCCGUCUCCAUGGAGACCAGGAGUCAGUCCGGAUGCUGCGUGAGCGCCUGGCAACCGUCGCUAAGGAGCAGGAGGAGGGGGGAGGCGCGGUGCGGCGGCUGCAGGAUGCGCUGCAGCAGCAGCAGAGAGAGAAGCAGCAGCUGCAGGCGGCAUGGACGCAGCAGAGGACGCUGCAGGACGCAGAGCUGAACUCCUGCAAAGACAAGCUGGAGCGUUUGUCGGGGGUGCAGGCGGAGCUCAGCAGUGUGACUCUGAAGCUGCAGUGGAUGGAGGAGGACAAAAACAGACUGCUGAAGGAGGCGGAGGAGAGGAACAAGAAGCUGGAGGAUCUGCAGGAGUCGCUGCUCGGCGUGGAUUCGGAGGUGGAGCUGCUGCGAGCUCAGCUGCUCUCUGUAAGCCAGGAGAAACUCCAACACACACAGGAAGUGACCUCAAUGAACAGGAAGCUGCAGGACGCACAGAGCACGGUGGAGGAGCUGCUGAGGGAGAAGGAGGAUCAGCCUUCCAGCUCCCUGCAGGAGGAGACCCUCAAACUGAGAGUCCAGAACCAGGAGCUGCAGCACAAGCUGUCCGAGCUGCAGAUCCGCGGGCUGGAAGUCCAGAAGCUGACCCGGGAGCAGCAGACCCUGAAGAGCCGAGUCAGCGAGCUGCAGGCCGAGCGGAACCAGAACCAGGACCAGGCGGUGCGGGAGGUGCUGAGGCUGCACAGCCAGCAGAGCAGCUCCCAGAUCAGCAUGAAGCAGGAUCAGUACGAGAAGGCGGUGUCGGCCCUGCAGCAGAAGGUGGUGCAGCUGGAGACGAAGCUGAAGGGGGUCCAGUUGGUUCUGCAGGAGAAAGUCCAGCAGCUCAAAGAACAGCUGUCGAAGAACUCGCAGCUCAGCGCGAUGCUGAAGGAUCUGUACGUGGAGAACUCGCAGCUCAUGAAGGCGCUGCAGGUCACCGAGCAGCGGCAGAAAAACGCAGAGAAGAAGAACUUCCUGCUGGAGGACAAAGUGAGCGCGCUCAACCAGCUGCUGCGAGACAUCGUGCCGGCCGCGCUCGCCACGUAGCGCUUUCACGGUUCCUCUCCUCCAGGUGGGAGCUGCAGGGGCUCCUGUUGGGUCUGCAGAGAGUCUGAACCUGCUCAUUAUUAGACCCACAAUCACAUCACAUGACCUCAUGUCCUGAUCAGCCAAUCAGAGCACAGUAUGGGACAUUAUGUGUGAGGAUUAAAUUCAGAUCAUUUGCACUCUUUGAAAUCUGGAUCAGUGAAGAUGUGAUUCAGCUGCUAUGACAAUGAGCUGCUGAAUACAUUCUUUAUAAUCCAAAUAAUUAAUCAGUAAUGUAAUUGGCUGCUUCUGGAAUAAUAAUAAUAAUACUGCAUUAAUUCAUACAGUACAUGAAACUUAAAUACAAACUCAAGUUUAAUACAUUUGUAUUUCCUCCAUUGGAGCCUCUGGGGCCUCCGUAGUUCCUGUAAUAACAGCUGUGAUUUCCUCCAAACCGAAUUACAAAUAUCAUGAAUUCAAGGAGAGGAAAAAACCAGAGCUCAGAAACAGUAUCCAGGUGAGACGUCAAAGUGAAGUGUGACUCACAGGUAAAAUAUAAGGUGUGAGUGUGUGAGAGGUCUUGUGUGGGGGUGGCCGUUUCACAGCAGUCAUCAGCAGACUCACCCGUCCGUCUCAUGAAGCUGCUUCAUAAAGACUUUUGUUUCAGAAAGACCCAGAAAAACCUGUCUGAUCUCUCACACACACUGAAGUAUUAUGGGUAUUGUUUCUUUAUAUAUUUGUAUUUUUUACAUCACAACGAGACCUUUAUUUUUGUGCAGGUCAGAUUUUAAAUGUUUUCUGCAUUUAGUUUCUGCGGUUUCCCCGUCAGAGUGAGACCUCUGUCUGUGUUCUGACCUCUGUGUACGUACUGUAAAAUGAAAAUGACAUUAAAUUAUAAUUUUAUCAA